UUUAAACCGUUGGUUAUCAAACCUCGUUGUUGUUCAACGGUACACUGAGUAAUCAUGAAGGUUAUCCUCGUUCUCGUAGGCGCCGUCUGCCUUUUGGGUGGAACUCACGCUCAAUCUUCUACCCUCAGCACCACCGUUACAAGUACCAUCAACAUAUCCAAAACGACCCUGGCUGCAGCAAUUCAACAGUUAAACACCACGAUUAACACAGCUGAUGAGUCCGUAAAUACGGCAUGGACCCAGUUCACCCAAAAUAUGGCAUCUCUGUACACAUUGUACCUCAACCGCUUCCAGAACUAUACCACAUUCGAUCUGACCCCACUCAAUCGAACGAUUUGCGACCUGCAGAUGACUUUGAGCCCUCCACAGCCAAUUCAAGAUUGGUCCACCAAUCAGAUCUUCUCCGAUGUGCAAGCAAGCGCUCUGCAGGUCGAGACUGCUCUUAAUACAGCCGUUCAGACCAUGAGCAACUCAUGUGCACCUUCCUGUGCCAACCCCACCAAGGUCGCCACCUGUACCACCAAAUUCGGUCCAAGGUUGACAACUGCUCCGAUCACUAUCGAUCGCCUGACUGAUUGUGUUACUGCUGAAUUGGCCCGCUACUCCGAUAUCGGUUCCAAAAUGGCUGCGCAGUACAGCAACGUGCUGACCAGUGCUAUGAACUAUCUGAAGGUGGUUGACGUCUGCGAUACUCCGGCACCGGAAGUUCUGAACAACCCGUCCCCAAUGUAUGCCUCACCAUCUACGCAAUGUAUGACUCAAUAUCUGCAGAGAGUCAGCAACAUGCCAAUCAACGUCUACACGGUCGACAGCAUGCGCUAUCCCCAGACGUACUUGAUUCAAAACCGAGUCCAGCGUUGCGCCAAGCUGGUUGAGUUGGACAUCAAGGAUCGGAUCACCAAGGUGCUGGAAAGCUUCCAGAACUGCCUGUAAACUGAUGUGGAUGAUACCAGCAUGACGGGGUGCAGUAAUCGUUGUGAUAACUUGGUUGAUUGACCAGGUUUAAUAGAUUUGAAGUACGAAUAGUUUUGUUUCUGGAUGUCAUUACGAUUAUUUUGGAAGCAAAUAGAAUGUUUGAAUCUUGAAUGUUCUGGUACUAUUCAAUUGUAAAUCUCUUAGUACUCUUUUUUCUUCAGGAAGGUCGAUGUACCAAUAAGUGAAAAACAUAUUUGUAUUCAAUCGAAAAAUAAAGCAUGCGAAAAUAUUUUUAAGCCA